AUCAAUCGAUCGUGUUUUCUGAUUGCCGUGAUGGGAAUUUGUAAUGCGAUUCCGAUGCCAUUUCACGUAUUCAAUGAACUACCAACAACGGAGCAAACAAUUACGAUAAUUCCUGUAUCUCAAGGGUGUAGCUGAAUUCAUUCCGACAGGGUGGUGCAUACUUGAGUUCCAGGCGUUAUUUAAUCAUCGCUCGUCGGGCGUCAAUUUUCAUACCAACCGCGUACUUCCAAUCCAUUCCAAAAAAACUCCCGCUUUAGUGGAUGAUGCCGUCAUGCGUCGGCUAGUUUGCUGUCCCCGCAAACUUUGUGUGUAAAUAAAAUCGCAUCUCCCUCCAAUGCGUUCCGGUAGCACCCACACACAAAUGCGAUGACAUCACGAUCGCGGCUCGAGAUCAGACGCCCUCUCCCGAACGUGUAUUUGUUUGGCCGUGCAGAUGGUGUCAUACAUUUGGUUGGGAAGCAUUUUUUCCCUCUUUCUUUCGAGGGAUAAGUUUCACUGAGCCACCACCAGCGUAGUUUAACAUCGCAGUAGACGUGGUUGAAGCGUUGCACAAUUACGCGUUUACCUUUUCACUACACCCCGCAUGCAAGUCUCAGCUGAUCUAUGCUACGAUGCUGAAGCAAAUGAUGCGCGGUUGUGUUUGUUAAAUGGCAGCAACAACAUUCACCCCUUCGAAACGUCCCAAAAUGGAUUGAACGAACUGAACUGGCCACAGUAAGGGUUUUAGCUGAAAGUUGGGUCGAGGUCGUCGCGCACCACACGUGUGCGUUGAAAGGCAGCAUAAAUGUAUGCUAGUAGUGUGUGAUUUUGGCAUUGUGUUGUUGUUAUGCUACAAGCAGGGUGGGGGUUAUGCCGUCCAGCUGCUUAGACAAUGUAGUCUUGAGCGGGCUGUUUAUUUGUCCAGCGAUUGUUGGUUGAUCGGCAGUGUCUUAAUGCGCUUUCGGAAGCGAAACUACAAAUCGGAACGGUUUUUUUUACCUUCGGUAGGUGAAUGUUUUAGUCGAAAGAGCAGCCAAGAAGUUCAUGUUUAAAGAUCGUAGUUAGGUGACAUCACGUCGCGCAAAAGUAAACAGUGCAGCAGGAUAGGAGGGACACUUUUGGUUAGUAAUAGAAGUGUUUACAAUAAUGACAUCAUCAGAGCAAUAAGAAGAAAGUACCUGCGGACGAAGAAAAGUGUUUGAUUAUGUAAAUUAUACAAGAGGUUUUGAAUAAAUCGAAUCACGUCUCGAGCAAUAGGCUUGCUUGAAUAAUUCGAACCGUUUAUCAAUUUUAUUACAGAACGUUUACUUACUUACCGUUUGGCAUCAGUAACAAAUUCGUUAAAUUCUUUUUUCGCACAAAUUAUUCUUUUCGCUUCCAAAAACAACAUUGCUCGCUCGCAACGCUUUGAAGGAAAAUGUACCAUCGUCGGAGAUUCGAUAGCUUAUGCUUCAUAGUUUUUUUUUUGGUUUUGCUGAAGUGACACCAUAGCAACGAAGACACCACAUGGCAAUGUUGAAAUGUCUCCAGAAGCGAAACGAGAAAAAAAACAAGAAAAGCGCAGUGAAGUUGAUCGUUGAUACACUCCAUACACGACGACGAUGGUGGACUUAUUUUUAGCACUUUUAGCCCAGUACCAGUCGUUUCUUUGACGGAAAUGAAUGUGCUGGUCUGGUGAGCGCUAACCGUACAACUCCAGUAUUGUUUGUUUGUUUGUUUCUCGGCGCAGAGCCGAUAUUCUUUAGUCGUGUUAUUGCGCCUGGAAUGGAGUUUUUCCCCCCCGAAAAGUGAACGGAUAUCUGGUUGACCAAACUUGUGCAUUCUAAUGCCACUGUGAAGUACGGCGGAAGGUGCCGCAAUUAACACAUCACUCCAAUCGGGAGAACCAGGAUGGACUCAUUUUGAAAUGAAACAUUCUCAACAGAACGACUGAAUCGUUAAGCUGCAGAUAGAAGUGAUCAUUCCAAAAGAAAAAAAGGGCAAAAGUAGAAACUCUAAACUCAACGCACAUCGUAACGUCGGGGGGAAAAACACACAGACCAAACACGAUGGGCAACGUGAUGAAUAAACUGGGCAGCGUGUCGCAAUCGGUGCGUGGCCGGAAGCGUAAACGUGAUGACGAAAAUACGGACGAAAGUGGUGAGGGAAGUGAUCUGCUGGAUAAAUCACUGCAAACACCGAAAAGGAAAAAGUUAGUCUCGACCGCAAAGUACAUCUAUCAGGCACUGUUUAAGGAGGAACGAAACUCAGACGUGACAGUGCACGCACUUGGUAAGCAGUGGCACCUGCACAAGGUCUAUCUCAGCCAGAGCCCGUACUUUGCGAGCAUGUUCAAUGGGUCGUGGCGCGAAGCGGACGAAGACUACGUGCAUAUAGAGAUCAUCGAUCCGAAGAUAACGAUCGAGUCGCUUUUUUCGGUGUUCGGUUCGCUGUACAUGGACGAGGUGGUGCUGGAUCCGAAGGAGAUCGUUUCAACUCUGGCCACGGCCACACUCUUCCAGCUGGACAGUCUCAUCGAUCGAUGUGCGGAAGUCAUGGUGGAAACGACAAAUGCUGAGACGGCCGUCCUUUACUACGAAGCAGCUUGCGAGUACGGUGUGAAGUCCGUCAAACAGUCCACCUUCGGAUGGUUGCUGGUGAAUCUGCUCAGCUUCUACUUCCGAGUGCCGAAGUGGUUGCGAUUGAUCAGUUUCGAGCUGAUGGAGCAGCUCGUAUCCAGUGCCGAUCUGUACGUCGUGCAGACGGAAUUUACCGUCUACACGUUGCUCCGCUACUGGAUGGCCCUGAAGCUAUUUCCCGACGAAACGGCAUCGGACGGUGUGGAGCAUCCGAGGGAACGAUAUUUCGCCGAACGUACCAGCACCGUACCGUUUCUUUCCACACCCGAAGGUGCACCGUACGAGGGCGUUUUCCGUGCGUUAAGGCUUCAGAAUCUGUUGAACCAUCACGUCGACAUUCGGGUGUUGCGGCAGGAUAAUAUCAUACCGGUCGAAUGGCUUCACAAGCCGCUGAUCCAGCAGUGGAACAGUGUGCUGACGAUCGAUCAAUCGCUGGACAAACUGAUCGAGUGUGACGAUCGGGUCUUCCUCGAGUCGUGCAUCCGUUGCGGCCGUAUACUGAACGAAAACGUACUGCACAAAUGGCGCUGGACCGGGUUCCAUUUUGGGCUGGAUUUGCUACUUUCGUCCGACACGCGCUCGUUACGCAUUCGACGACACCACCGGACCGAACACGAACGUUUGCUAAGCUUAAGAGUAACACGUCAGUUUUUGGUGCGCGUUUCGCUUGCCUCGUUGAACGAGCUGCGGCAAAUCAAGCACCAGCAGACGACACCGGUCCUUUCGAUAGCGCUGGAGAAAAAUGAAGAAUCGCAGCUCGUUGUGUUCGAUCGGGAACUAACCUUUCCGCUACUGGUUUCGGUGAACAUGAUGCUUGUCGCACCACCGGAGGAAGCGCUAGCGGCCAGUAAAGCUGCUGCGGAGGGGAAGCAAAAGGCUGAUCCGGCGGCUGCUACUACAUCGACAAAUGAUCGACCGUCUCAUCCGUCCGUUGAGGGUAGCAAUAGUAAUGGCACGGUGGAAUCGCUGGACGGUGGUAGCUCAUCAUCGAAUCGGAUGCUCGCCAACGAGUCCUGAUUGCAGGUGCUGGUGCGGUGACGCGGUAAUACCCUGAACGGUUGCUGAUCCCACUAAAGGCGUAAGUGUACUUAGGCAGUUAGCUGUUGUGAAGAUGUUCGUGAGCACAAAGGCAAGGUCCUACCGGCACAGGAACGUUACAGGAAGGAUCAUCCAGCGUGUAUGUGUGUGCCAUUGGGAAUUCGAUGUUAGUUCGAUCGUUUAUUUACGAUUUUUUUUUAUUUGUUGGAGGUUUUACUGUAUAAAAAAUGAAUUCGAAUCUUGCAGUUGUGAACAAACAAACAAGCAAGGUAAAUGAACUUGAUGAACUGGUUUAUCGUGUACGGAAUUCGAAAGGGCAGGAACUUUAUAUAGAAUCUAAGCUAAAUUACAACAGGUGUUAGUUUGGUUAACGUGAAAAACCAAGAAUAUCCAUACCGCUGCUACGUGUGUACGGUCAAGCAAAAGGUAAUUUGUAAGAACGUACAUUUCGUAACGUUUUCGAUGUUUACCACUUCCCACUUAACAAGAGGUUUUUCCCUUUUCUUAUUUUUACGGAAGAUUAAUUAACUGUAGGUUAUGUAUUUAUUAAGAUUGUUAACAAAAUUGAAUCAUUAAAAGGGCAAACUCUAUUUAACGAUGUACGUGUAUUAUAAACAAAAAAAACACUUCCCCGGUGCGCAAGCUCUGCAUCUAAUCGUUUAGUGAUAGAACGGUAGUGAACUGUUACCGUAAAAGCAACGUCGUAAAUCAACCCACAGCAUCUGUGUGUACGCUGUUCCGAAGGAGAAUAAAGCUCUAAAUAGUUAGUUUA